AGACGAUGACCGUGCAGUGGAAUUGCAUGAGAUAAAACCCAGGACAACUUUUAUUUCAUCUCCAAGCCAUGCUUAAAAAGGAGAAUCUGCGAAAAAAUUUCUUGAGAGUGAAACAAAUUGCAGACCAAAAUUUGGGAAGUUAAAUUCUGGCGCAUGGUGACCCGUUUUGAGCAUGGCAUCACUAUUUAAGAGGUUUUGGGCAGAAAAAUCUGAAGUUUUAUCUGAGGAUCUCCAGACAGUAGAGAAGCGAGUCGAGUUAGUCAAAUCAGUAUGUCAGUCCACAGCCAAAAAGAUCUCAGGUUGUCUUCAGGGGCAAGGCACAGACUUCGAAAAAAGACUGAAAAAGCUACCAGAAAAUGCCUUGGGUCUAGGGAUGAUCGAGAGCAGUGGACUCCUUGGGACAGAUUCUGUAAUGGGUACAAUGUUCCAGACCUGUGGGGAAUGCCAGACCACUCUGGCAAAGGAACUGUUGCAAUAUGAAAUAGAUGUAGAACAAAAGGUCCUAUCUCCUAUACAAGAAAUACUAGAUGAGGAAAUUCCUGUGAUAAAUAAGUGUAAAAAACAGUUAUCCAAGCUUACUUUGGACAUGGACUCGUGUAAAGGCAGAUGGAACCAGGCAGUAAAACAAAGUCAGGUUCAUGGUACCAACAUGGUGACGGCAUCAGCGAAGGCAGACCAACUCAAAGAGGAGUAUGAAGAGUCGUGUAAUAAAAUGUACCAGGCUCGGGAUAACCUAGCCACAGAAAUGUUCAACUUUGUAGCAAAAGAAGCCGAGCAUAGUAGUAAAUUAAUAUCUUUGUUGGAAGCUCAAAGAGCAUAUCACAAAAGAGCCCUGGAGGCUCUAGAUCAAGCAAUACCAAAACUAAACGAAGCACUAGAAUGUAAUCCACUUAAGAAAGUCUAUGGGGUUCCUUUGGAGGAGCACUUGAGGGUCACUGGGAGGGACAUAGCUCUGGUGCUAGAAGUGUGUGUUAUAACACUCAUAGAUGGGGGCUUAGAGGAAGAGGGUUUAUUUCGAAUAGCAGGAAUGGCUUCAAAAGUAAAGAAGCUAAAGAAUGCUUUUGAUGCUAAUGUGAUAGACAUGGAGGAGUAUGCCAUAGAUUUACAUACUGUAGCAGGUGCUCUGAAGCAAUAUUUUAGGGAACUCCCAGAACCACUGCUUACAACACAACUCUACCCUGACUUCAUUCAAGCUGCUAAAUUGCCGCAAGAACAGAAAUUGCAACAGUUGUGGGCUGCAAUACGUAAAUUACCUGAACAAAACUAUAAUAAUUUUAGGUAUUUAAUUAAAUUUUUGGCUAAGUUAGCUGAGAAGUCUGAUGAAAAUAAGAUGACUCCAAGUAACAUAGCCAUUGUCAUAGGACCAAAUUUACUGUGGUCAGAGGGAGAUAAUGGUCCAAACAUGGUGACAAGUGGAACCAUUAGUAACAUGAUAGAACUCUUCAUCACGCACUGUAAUUGGUUCUUCCCAGAAGCUGUUGACUUUUACCACACUACUCGUGGGACUGCUCCCCCCAAAUCUCCGGGGGUCAAGGAGUCACACACACCUGUCACUGCAACUGUCCUCCCCAUAGUCCAGGGGCCACAGCAUGGUUCAGUAAGUCAGGCAUGUGAAAUGGCAUGCAUGACCGCAGUGGGAGCCAUAUCCUCCCACGUCACCUCUGCCUCUGUGACUGAAGUAUUUAGCGAGGACCAGAAAAUGCCAUCCCAGAGAUCGUCGGAUGAGGACAACGCAUCCAGCUCUGAAGGUGAACUAACACGACCACCUAGUGGUCAGUUUGGGCGUGCCUCUUUCAGCAAUAGUGGUGGUUUUCCUUCUAGUACUACUAACCUUAUUCAUACUCCUAAGUUUAAUGCUGAUGAAGUCAGGGGAAACAGAGGAAACUCGGAAAGGUGCCGAUCGGUGCCACCACAGAAUGAGGCUGCCAAAGAUGUCCACAGUGACGUGUAUAACACCAUGUUUGCUUUGCACUCACUGGGAGGCAACAAAAAUGUAUCUGACUAUCGAACCAAGGUUCGAGAUUUGUGGGAUGGCCACAUGCACAGACCAGCUUCUGCUGUUGUCAGAAACAAUAGCAAUGCAGAGAGUGGAAGCAGGAUAGCAGGAAAGCCCCGUCGCUGUGUCAGUCAAGAGGUGGACUUUGGAACCAUGGCCUCUUUGAAAAUGAACAAUUCUGAUUUGACGGACUUGGACCAGUCAUUGACCAAUCAGGAGACUGCUGAAUCGACAAAUGAUGUUCCUACGUCUCCACCAAACCAGACUCAGGUGGAACACAGAAUCAUCAAUGACUCAGAAUAUGCUGAGGUUUCAAAAGUUCAGAAGAGAGUUCCAAGGAAGCCAGCACCCCCACCCCCAGAGAGACCAAGUUUACCUGAGCGACCCUACAGCAUCGCUGUGACAGCACAAGCCCGGCCACCUGUUCCCCAGGCCCAGACCUGGCCCCGACAGAUGGAGGCUUCACCAGGAGAAACUGUGCCAAACCAGGAGCAGAGUAAGCCCAAAACUCAGCCAGACAAACCCGCUCCUCCCGAGAAACCCCUGGGAGGUCACCCCCCACAACGAUCAGCAACGAUGCACGAGAGACAUUCUCACUCUGACAGGCCCUCUGUCCCGCCCCCAGACAGACCAAAGGUUCCUCCCCCAGCAGUACCAAACCAUCAGCGGUCAGCCUCCACUGGCACGCCUGGUCAGUUUGGACCUGCCAUAUCUUCGUUCCCUGACAAUGAUCAAGGUAGACUAUCCACUAAUUCUUAUGAAUCCCUAGAUAAACAAGGAUCUGGUAAUCUACUAACUCCUGACGGGCGACUUCAAUCCUCGUCCAAUGAGCAUUUGUCUUCUAACCGCUUACAUCAAGGUAGUGCAAGACCUCAGCGCCCCCAGCCCCCUGUCAUGCCACCCAAGGAACCUCACACACUUCCCGUAGCCACUCAAGAUGAGGAAACUCAUUUGUAAUGUAAACAUUGUGAUAUUUUUAGCACUGAGUCAGUGUCUCCCCCCUUCCUAGGCUGGUGACAUAUUUAUUUUAUCACUCAAAGAAAAUCAAAUCCUUGUUGCUUGCCAGAUGAGCACCAUGUGUACAAUGCUAUGCACCCUCCCCAGUAUUAGCAUUGUUGUGAAUCAUUAUCAGAACUGAUAUGUAUUAUACACCCUCUGUAUUGUGAAAAUGUGUAGCUUUUAGGGGUACAUUUCCUGUGCCAGCAUUUAUAUUUUUAUUCAGAGUUUCAGCAAUAUUUUAGUCUUUGAUAGAUAUUUUGCUAUUAAGUGAAAGCUUUUUGGUGUUUAGGUGUUGUAACAGAAUUGUUUGCACCUAUUUUAAAAGAAAAGCAAUUUGUCAAAAUAGAUACAAUAUCCAAACUAGUCUCUGAAGCCACUUAAUCAAAGGGGGCAAAAAUAUAUCACCAUUUAAUCCUGUUAUAUGCCAGUAGAUUAGUGAAAUGUCAGAUUUCUCAACUAAUUUAUACAUGAAGCGGUUAUUGCACUACCUUUGCAUUAGGGCAAGGGACAGGGGUAAAGCGCAUUGUAUUCACCAAAACUGUAUGUAAAAAUAGCAGCAUGUAUUAUGCAUGAUACAACAUUAACAUGCUUGCUUGUUAUAAGUUUACUGAAGAAUUUGUGAUAAUACACAAGGUUGUAUGUUAAUUUCUACAAAAUGUUAUGUGAGUAUACCCCCUAUACAUGUACGGGAUCUUGCAAUUUUGCUUUAGUAUACAUCUUUUUUUCUCUUAUGAAAUAUUCAUAUACACAUGUAUUUGAUACCAUAUAUGUUAUAUUUUAUUGCUUGCUUUUUUUUCUUCAGUUUUUUUUUUAAAUUUGUAUUAAUCAUAAUGAAACUGUGGAUAUAUAUAAGGUUGAACUUUCUAUGAAAGAAUAUAUCUUAAUAUGUAAACAAAAACUUGCAGGCAGAUCAUGUAACUGUAUACAAUACAUGAUGCCAGAAUUUAUUAUCAAUAUAAAAAUUUGCAUUUAUAUUCAGUUUUGAUUCAAAAUAAUAGCUAAUUUUGCAGGUCUUAAAUGGAGAGGGUCACAAUAGUCAAAAUAAUAUUUUGUCAUAGAAUAACAACCUCUGUAUUUUAGUAAUGAUAUGAUAUUGUUUGAAGUCUUGUCUUCUUUUCUAGUAUUUUAUGGCAAGACAUGGGUUUAAGGUAAAAUGCCAUAUACUGGUCUGAUUGAGGCUACAUAUUGCUCAUAUUAUGUACCGAAACUACUAGUAUUACCAUUAUUUUAAGAAAUACCAAAAUAUUAAGAGAACAUAUUGCCUACUAAAAUGUGUGAUAUAUGCUACAAAGAAAAUACCAAAGACUGGUGUAUCUGGACCACAAUAACUCU